CCUUUUCUUCUCCCUUUUUUUGUUUUCUGUAAUGUGUGUUAGUAUACGAAACAAGCGCGGAGAAGCCAUAAUUGGUAUUCUUGAUAAAAAAAAUGAUCAUAGAAUGGUCUUGAUGGUUCACGGUGAUCAAGGGCAUAAAAAUAGCUUAUAUCAAGCACAACUUGCAGAAAAGCUACCUUUGACUAGUUUUCGAUUUGAUCUUGCUGGUCGAGGAGACAGUGAGGGAAAACCUGAUUAUGGUCAAAUUGCUAAAGAUACAGAAGAUAUUCAUACUGUUGCUCAAUAUUUUGAAAAACAAGGAUUUGAGAUCUAUGCUAUUAUUGGUUAUGCAAGAGGUUCAUUGAGUGGAUUGAAAUAUGCAACCACCUGUGACAAGCCAUUAUCACAUUAUUUUAAUAUUGCUGCACCCUAUCACAAUAACGAUAUUAAACUAGGACUGGUUGGACAAGAAUGGAAAGUAUAUCAAAAGGAUCAACUGGUCUCUCUUAAUGUAGCUCAAGACGAGAUUGAUCAAUUCAAUGCUUGGGAUAACUCUCAUGUGAUUCGUAUGCCAAAGACAACCUGUGUUCACACAAUUCAUGGUAUCAAUGAUCAGGCAAGUGAUUGACGUAGAAAAAACUGAAAUGAAUAACGAUUCCUAAAGAUUGUACCUGCUUAUCAUGCUGCCAUGUACGCCAAUACCAUCUCCAGCCAUUCACUCACCUUGAUUCCCGAUGCAGACCAUCAAUUUACACAUCAGAUUGACACCCUUAU